AUGAACAAGGAGAUUAAACGUUGGGUUUCUACUUCUUACCUAAACCUCAAUUAUCAGAAUCAUGCUUAUUGUCAUGAAGCUUUGAUGAAGAUAAAACAAGAGAAGAGAGAUAGUGAAGCGAUUCUAAAUUUGCCGAUCGAUCUCCGAGCUCUCGCUAAAUCGCCGGGAAUUUUUACUGAAAUUGAGCGAGUCAUGUCUUCGGAUCCUGAAAAAAUGAUGGCUAAAGCCGACAAAAUGACAAAACUCACGCUUACUAGAUGGAGUGCUGAUUGGAGAGGUGCUACUGAGUUGUAUGAGCAAGCAGCAAAUGGGUUUAGGGCAUCAAGCAAAUAUGAGAAAGCUAAAGUGGCUCUUGAGAAAGCUUCAAAAGGACAAGAGAUGCAAGCUUCUCCCUGGGAUGCUGCGAAGCAUAUGGAGUCUGCUGCUGCACUAGCACAGAAGCUAAGUAUCUGGAAUGAAGUUGCUGAUUUUUAUAAAAAGGCGUCUGAGCUGUAUGUUGAGUGUGGGAGGGCACAACCUGCAUCAGAUGCUCUUGGAAAGGCUGCCCGUGCCUUGGAAGAUGUCAAACCUGAAGAUGCCAUCCAACUAUACACUGAUGCUUGUGAAAUUCUUGAAGAGGACGGGAGGGACCAAAUGGCAUUUGAUCUGUACCGUGCUUGUGCUAAUGUUUACAUAAAGCUCGAGAAGUUCACAGAUGCUGCAACCUUUUUCUUAAGAUUAGGUGUAGCAGCUGACAAGUGCGAUGCCACGAAUAGCCAGUGUAAGGCAUAUCUUAGUGCAAUCAUUAUAUAUCUGUAUGCUCAUGACCUGAAGCAAGCAGAAAAAUGCUACAACGACUGUUCUCAGAUUGAUGCUUUUCUGAAGAGUGAUCAGAACCGAAGCGCUAGUAGACUGCUCACAGCGUAUAAUGAAGGUGACAUUGAAGAAAUCAAGAAGGUGGCAAGUUCAGGCACUGUGUCGAAUUUGGAUCACUCGAUCAUCAAGUUGGCUAGAAAGCUUCCUACUGGAGAUGUUACUGCGGUUCAGAUGAACACUAAUGACGAUCUCGACGAGGAUGAUCUCACUUAA